UGCAGCCUGUCCCCUCCCACUGCAGGCUGUCACCAAAGUUCACCCUACCUCAUCCCCUCUCUCAGCGGGCUGUCCCCGCAGUUCUUCAUAGCAGGCAGUCCCCUCGCCGAACCCAGCCAGCUUGCUCUGCAGUCCGGUCCGACUGGCAGGUGUGGCCUGUUCUCGGAGCUCCUCCCCGCUCCUAGCAUGUCUAUGUACUGCUCUCCCUGCUCUGCAGUCCGGUCCAGUCUUCAGUCCGGUCCUAUCUGCUGUAUGUCCGCAGUCUCUGGUCAUCUUCUGUAUUGUGUCCGCAGUCUCUGGUCAUCCCCUGUACUGUGUCCGCAGUCUCUGGUCCUUCCCUGUACUAUGUCCGCAGUCUCUGGUCAUCUCCUGUACUGUCCACAGUCUCUGGUCCUCUCCUGUACUGUGUCCGCAGUCUCUGGUCCUCUCCUGUACUGUGUCCGCAGUCUCUGGUCAUCUCCUGUACUAUGUCCGCAGUCUCUGGUCAUCUCCUGUACUGUGUCCGCAGUCUCUGGUCCUCUCCUGUACUGUGUCCGCAGUCUCUGGUCAUCCCCUGUACUAUGUCCGCAGUCUCUGGUCAUCUCCUGUACUGUGUCUGCAGUCUCUGGUCAUCUCCUG